CCACAGUCAAGAGAAGCCAUUUGACAACAUAAACAUACUGGAAAAUGAUGCUUAAGGCAACAUAGCUUGUCUUUUGCGAUAUUUGCUAUAUUGUUGCAUAGAAAAGAGAACACGACGAGUUGAGCUGCUAGCUGCCGCAAAGCGGUGAAGCUCCUCGUUUGUUCUUCUAUCCAUAGGUUUAAUCUAUCGGAUAUAAAAUCGCAUUUGAUUUAUUUAUGUGAUGUUAUUAGUUAGUGUAUUACGUAAAAACAUCAGGGUAAACAUAUUGUAGACUCCUGGAGAUAUUUCAAUAUUUAGACAGGCUGAGUCGACACACAUCAACAAUAAAAUGGCGACGGAACAAGGGGAUAAUCCCGAUGAAAAUGCUCCGAAGAGUACAACUACGUUCAAUGUCGAUGCACCAGAAUUUAAUCCUAAUCCAACGCGAUCAUCUGGGACGUUGAACGCUGAUGCUCCGGAGUUCAUACCUGGUAAACUCGGUACAUAUGACGGAGGUCUAGGGUAUGUUUCAGUUAGUGAUAUGAAACAUGGGAAGAGGUACAAUAGAGGUGCCUACCAGAGACCAUCGCAAAUGCAUCAAGCGGGGAUGCAAUACCACCCACGUUGGUCCCCGCAAUACGUUCCAAUGUGGGUUCCAUAUUCAGUAGAAAUGGAUAGAAGCGGUGCUGUUUACGAUUAUUCGCCAUACCAUUACGGUCAACGAAGAGGAUAUGAUGGUCAUCCCAGGCAUAACAGGUUUUCAAAGCAUCCAUCAGCAGAUGGAGAGCUACCGAAAAGGGAACCGCGAACACCUCAUGGCAUGUCGGUGCAUGCUAACGCUGGAACAUAUUCGAAAUAUUCUGAUUCGCAAGGUGUUGAGACAACCCAUGUGGAUUCAGUUUCAGUUGGGCCUUCCACUGAGGAUGGACCAGUAAAAGAUGCUACUUCUACGCCCAAGAAAAUGACGUUGCAAAAUUCAAAGGAUAAUCAAAGCACAUGGGCAGACAAAUUCCGUCAAACAAACGCCGAACAAGGGGAGCCAGAUGUUGUUAAAACAGAGGAACCAACACAACCAGCACCUUCAUGGAAUGGUAGACCGACUUUUGCUGAAAUGAUGAAGAAAGCCGUCGGAAGAGAUCGAAAGCUGCAGGAGACUCCACCUGAGUUACCAGUUCAACCUGUAGUAGAUAAUGCUGAACCCGUGAACGAGCGUCUUGAAGAAGUAACUCCCACUGACACUUGUGUUGCGAAAGACAACAAAUCACCCGUCAAUGUGCCGCCUCAAGUUGUGGAUGUAUCUGUGGAAAAUAAGACCGUAACAGAAGAGGCAUCAGAGCCUGUACAGGAUCCCAUAUCUGAAACAGCAGAGGUAUCGAUGUUGGCAAUGGAUUUAGAUAAAUGUCACAUUAACCAAGAACCACCAGUUGAAGACUAUACUACAACUCCGAAACACAAAGAGGCAGAAACAACUGAUGUGGAGACCGAAACAUUUCAAAAUCAAGAGCCUAUUGUUAAACCAGAGGACGAUGGUGAAUUGGAAAAUCGCGAAAUUCCAAUUCAGGAAACGAAGGUCGAACCAAAUGCAGAAGCCGUUUUGGAAGAUGAGACUGAAUACCAAGAGGUUGAAGAGCCAAGUGAGGUUGUUGAUAAGGAUUCCUGUUUGAUUUCCGCAACUGAUGACAGUGUUGAUGACGAUGUAGCUGAAACAAAUGAGGGCACUAAAAUGAUCUAUGAUGGUCAAUACACAGUAGACAAAUUGUUGGCUUGUGGUUUUGAAUUAAAGAAACAUUAUAUGGAAGAGAAGCUACGUUGGGGUUUCAUGGGUCCUGGCCGUGAAUCCAAGGGCUCUGACCAUCGUCGUGGCGUAACUUAUGAUGACAGAACUAAUAACUCGAGAUAUAAGGGUGAAAACUGGCCGACGCAAAGGCGCUCUGCACGAUAUGAUGUUAAGAGCUUUGGUUCUUCUAACAAAGGUGUUGAGUUUUCAAGGGAUCAAUUAGAAGCAGUAUCAAUACCCCGUGCCUCGGAAUCCUCCUGGAUUAUUAAACAAGCAAAGCUUAAAAUGGACAAGGAACAACAAUUAAUCCGCAAAUUAAUGGGUUUGCUAAAUCGUUUAACCGUAGAGAAGUUCGACACCAUUUACAAGCAGGUUUUGAGUAGUGGUGUGGAGACAUAUAACCAAGCGUUUGUGCUUGUCAAAAUUAUCUUUGAAAAGGCUAUUACCCAACACCAUUUCAUUCCCAUGUAUGUGGAAUUAUGUGCUAAGCUAUCGUAUGAUUUAAAUAAUUUUACCGAUAAUGAAGAUGCAUCUGUCGCACAGGGUGAUAGCUCCACAACUGGUAAAAGUGAUCAGAAGGCAACUAGAAGGAGUGACUUCAUGAAGAUAUUACUCAACUGUUGUCAGGAUUCUUUUGAAAAUAAUUUGAAGCCAAUGGAGUGUCCACCUGAUUUAGAAGGUGAUGAUAAAUUUGAAUUUGAGCUUAAAUAUAAGCACAGAAUGAGAGGUAACAUGAUUUUCGUUGGUGAACUGUUUAAACAGAAGCUAUUGGCAGCAAAAUUACUUAUAACGUGCUUGAGUGAAGUCUUUGCUAAACGUAAUGAAUGCAUUGCAGCUACCGGAAGAAUAGAAACCGGUGACAACCACUUGGAGGGCAUGUGUACACUUUUGCAGACUGUAGGUAAAUGUUUCGACACCGACAAAUGGAAAUAUUCCGGGGAAUUUGAAAAAUAUAUUCAAAUGCUCACUGAUUUGGGAAGGAAUCCAAAUAUUUGUUUCCGUAUAAGGUGUCUUAUACAAAAUGUCCUAGACAGCCGGCAUGGUAACUGGACUACAUCCACUCCAUAUAAGCCAGAGGGCCCUUGUAGGCUCCAAGAACUUAGAACAAAGGUUAUGGAGCAGGAGAAGCAACAGGAUGAAAACGCUUGGAGACUGAAGAAGCGUGGUAAGAAUCUUGAAAUCAAGACUCCGUCGUCUAAACCUUCACCUGCUCCAAACGUUUUAGCAAAUCCCAUAGUUAUUGAGCCAUUGUCAUCAGAGGAAAUCAAGAGGAGAACACGUGGCAUUGUUAAGGAGUUGGUCAUGUCACACGAUGCUGCAGAGGCUUCGCUGUGUAUCAGUGAGUUGAACCUUGCACAAGGUCAGGAUGUGGAACUGUUCUGCCAUAUAUUCAAUGCUGCUCUCGAGUCGUGUGCUAAAAUCACAGCGGAAAACGAGCGGCAUAUUGUUGCCAAGUGGAUGGUUGACCUUGCUAUUGGUCGAUUAUCGCAGGAGUCCUUGGUAAAGUGGAUGAAGGGUUUCGUUACCGACGAAACGCCAGAACAUGGCUACAGUAUGAUGAUCGAGGACUAUCCGGUGGUGCCUCUUAUGUUAAAGGAGCUCCUUGUAUGCAUGAAGGAGAGAUACUCCAACGUGUCGGGUUUUGACGAGGUCUCCAAAAUUAUCGAAAACGAUAUAUAUCCUAACGCGGCCAUGAUUAACUAAUUCUUAAUGAUUGAAUGAAUUUAGUACUAUAUAUACGAUGAUUAGCGGUGCCGUGUU